AUGCCAAGCUUCAUGCAAUUAGUCUGAUAUAUAAGGAUAUGAGAGUAGGAAAAUCUUUUUUGGUUUAUCAUUUAAAAAAUUUAUGUGAAAAAUUUUAUGUGUAUGAGUAUUUUGCCAGCGGGUAUGUAUGUACACUGCAUAUGUGCCUUGUGCCCAUAGAGGCUAGAAGCGGGUGUUGGAUCACCUGGAAUUGAGCCACCAUAUGAGUGCUGGGAACCAAACCCCUCUGCCAGAGCAGCAAGUGCCCUCAGCUGCCGACCCAUCUGUCCAGCCCUGUUGAUUCACCAGUUUUGGGGGAAAAUGUAUGGCUGCUCGUCCUCAUACAGUCGAUGUUGAAUAAUUGAAGUUAGUCACUUAGAAAUAAAAAUUAAGUUGCAGAUUUGGGACCCACAGUACAGGAGCAGUUCAGAGCUGAUACCUGAAGCUCCUGCAGCUGGCUCACUUCCCAGUCCUUCGCAGAAAUUGUCUGACCGUGUGAGCCACGAAUGCUCAAUUUGACAUGCAUGCAGAGAAUCAAAGCAAUGCAAAUACUGUAGUGAUUCUCAAAAAGCAGAUUUGGAGACACAGAGUGACAGCAGGAGAAGCUGUUUGCUGAAGAAAAUGACUGCUUGUUUUGAUUUUUUUGAGAUAGGCUCUCUUGUAACCCAGGCUGGCUUUAAACUCGUUAUACAGCUGAGGAUGCCUGGUCCUAUCGCCUCCGCUGCGUUGGGUACAGGUUAAGGACUCGGUCUCUGAGAAAACAAUCGGACGGAUGCGGAUGCAGUUCUGGAGAAAAGCUGUGGAGGACAUAUACUGCGACAACCCGCCACACCAGCCUGUGGCUGCGGAACUCUGGAAGGCCGUCAAGAGACAUAAUCUAACUAAAAGAUGGCUUAUGAGAAUCAUUGAUGAAAGAGAGAAAAAUCUGGAUGACAAAGCUUAUCGCAGUAUCCAGGAGCUUGAGAAUUAUGCCGAGAACACGCAGAGCUCUCUUCUCUACCUGACACUGGAGGUGCUGGGCGUGAAGGAUCUUCAUGCAGACCAUGCUGCAAGCCAUAUUGGAAAGGCACAAGGCAUUGUCACGUGCUUGAGAGCAACGCCCUAUCAUGGUAGCAGGAGAAAAGUGUUCCUGCCCAUGGAUGUCUGUGUGCAGCAUGGUGUUUCACAAGAAGACUUUCUACGGAGGAACCAUGAUAAAAAUGUGAGAGAUGUCAUAUAUGACAUUGCCAGCCAGGCACACUUGCACCUAAAGCAUGCAAGGUCCUUCCACAGAAGCGUUCCUGCAGAGGCAUUUCCCGCCUUUCUUCAGACAGUUACUCUAGAGGACUAUUUAAAGAAAAUCCAGCGAGUGGAUUUUGAUAUAUUCCACCCAUCUUUACAACAGAAGAAUACAUUACUUCCGUUAUCUUUGUAUAUUCAAUCAUGGAGAAAAAGAUAUUAAAAUAAUUUCAUGUUACUGA